AUGAAGGUUUCUGCAGCACUUCUGUGCCUGCUGCUCAUGGCAGCCACUUUCAGCCCACAGGGACUUGCUCAGCCAGAUUCAGUUUCCAUUCCAAUCACCUGCUGCUUUAAUGUGAUCAAUAGGAAAAUUCCUAUCCAGAGGCUGCAGAGCUACACAAGAAUCACCAACACCCAGUGUCCCAAGGAAGCUGUGAUCUUCAAGACCAAAUGGGGCAAGGAGGUCUGUGCUGACCCCAAGGAGAGAUGGGUCAGGGAUUCCAUGAAGCAUCUGGACCAAAUGUUUCAAAAUCUGAAGCCUUGA